AUGGAUCCUGUUAAAUUUGGUGCUUGCGAGAUCCUGAGUAAGUAUUUUGGCUCCAAUAAGACAUCUUCGCAAGCAUCUUUAGAAAAGGAGGUUGAAACUCUGAAGGAGAAUCUACGUCUUGAAAGCCAGAAGCUCCAGAACGUUUCGCUGGAUUGUAAUAAUCUUCGCAAGAAGAAUGAAGAAUUAAGGGAAUCUGAGAAAGGACUUCGUUCAACUAUUUCUACUUUGGAGGCCAAGGUGGCCAAGAUUUACGAAGAAAAUGCACAUCUUACUUCUCUUGUUACUUCUACUCGCGACCAAGCAGAAAGAAGACUUGAUUAUCUUUCCCAUUUCAAAGAUAUCCAAGAUAGGAAUCAUCAGAGGGAAUUUCUUCGCCAAGUUCAUCUCAAGGCUGAAGUUCUUGUGAAUGAAAUCUUGCUGUCUCAGUCUCUCCCUCCUGUGUCAGUUGAUCCUUUGGAAGUAGAUGAUGAUGAGAUUCCUCGUCCCGCUGAUAGUGAUUUUGAUUAUCCGAGCGGUAAUGAAUCUAUCCUUGACGAGGAUGAAGAAGGAACUUCUCAUUAUGAUGAAAUUCCUCAUCAGGAUGAAACUCCUCGCCAAGAUGAAACUCCUCAUCAUGGUGAAAAAGAUAUUCCUUCCACAGACGCUACCGCUGAAGGAAAUCCAUAUGUUACCAAGACUGACGAGAGUGAAAAGAAUAUUGGAGAACAUCCAUUAUCCCCUUCCAGCGAAGUCAACAUUGAAGAUUAA